AUCUGUAUAUAUUACUAUACUUUUUCAAAUAUUCUUCCAAUUAAAAUUAAAAUAAUUUAAAUAUUAUAUAAAUUUUUAUACAUUUACGGAAUUUACUAUUUAUUUCUCUUAUUACAUUAAAUGUAAGUAAUAUAUUAAGUCCCGUUUCGGAAACUAUAUUAUACAUUGUUUUAUUUUAUUUAAUACUUUAUUAAUUAAUUAAUCCAUGUCUACUUUAUUGAUUAUGUUCACAAAAUUAAACUUAUCUUUAAUAAAAAGUUACAAUAUAAUACAAUAUAAAAGUACAUUUAAUAACUUGUGUCAAUUGCCAAAAACAAAUUAGACAUUUUAUUGAAGAUACGUUUGUAAUUAAAUAUUUAAUUAUAACUUGAUUAAAACGUGGUUACAUAUUAUAUUAUUACAAUUAAAUAAGACUUUCUUAAAAUAUAUAAUAUACUAAAGAAAAUAAUCAGUACUGGCAUACCACUUUUGUUUUUAGAUAUACUUAACGGUGUAGAAGCUUUGGACAUAUAAUAGUCAUAUUAUAUAAAUUAAUCAUACUAUAAAUAAAUAUUAAUAUUUCAUUUAUUUGAAUGCGUUAUUUGAAAUGUUACAAAUGUAAUAUCUUUUCUAAAAUAAUAUUGUUUUUUAAAUUAUUUUAAAGGUAAAAAAUAAAAAUAACGUAAUUAUUAUAUAUAAAUUUUUGCAAGUUAACAGAUCGCAGGAAUUACGAGUAUCAUUCACUGUUUUCAUAUCCACAUAUAUGGUUUGGUAAGUCAUAUUGUCACUUAUUAUAUUUUCAUAUGGAAAUGACAUUGCCGGUCGAAUAAUGCCAUGGUUACAUUACACCCAACAAAAUAUCCAUUUAGUCCUCUUACUGAAAAUAGCAAUUAUUCGUAGUUUUAUACUUAAAUUCGUCGGAUAUACAUUGACGACGAGUAGGCUAUACAGUGUUGUGCGUGUAAAAACAAAUGCAAUGAAUGACUACACUUAAAAAAGAAGUUGUCGAAAUUAUAUUCAUCAAUUUCGUAAUAAUUCAAAUGUUACUGAUUUAAUUUUUUUUGUUUUUCUUCCGUAACAUAUUGAUCAUGUUCAAUUUAUCAUCAAAUUUCCACGAAGAAUCAAAAAUCAAACGAAAAAGAAAAGGAUGGCGAUUGUUCCAUGCCAAGGAUUUUUUAUCCUUGAUGUAUCCUUGCUUCACAAUUUGCAAUAUUAUCGGUAUAUUUCCAUACAAGAUCAACGCUUCUACCUUUGAGAUUUCGAAACCACGUUACAUUUUGUUGGCUGUCGUUAUCUGCGUUUGUGAUAUUUACGCAUUAAUAGUAUUUUAUGGUUUUCCAAUUUUUAAAAAAAUUGAUAUGAUAACUUUACCCGGGAGUCUUAAAGUGGACUGCGUGAUUGGGUUUGGUUGUUUCAUAAUGACUGUCACAUUUAUUCUAUGCAGUCCGCAAAUGCGAUUGCUACAGAUUAUAUUAAAUAUUUCUUCAAGAUUGCCUCAAGAAUCCUAUCAAAAACUAUCUAAACUAAUCCACGCUAAGGAUAUCAUUGGAUCUUUUUAUUUAAUUUGGCUCUUGUUAACGUGUGUCGUGAUAUAUGGAAUGCAUUGCUUCUUUGUAGUAUACGUCACUCUAGUUAUAUUUCAAAUGGAUAUGGUAUACAUGAAUUGCGUUUAUGUAUUAAAAGCCUGUUUUAAAAGAAUCAACGACAAUCUAGUGAACAUGAAUGAACUUACGACAAACUAUAAUCUAAAUGGCUCUGGAUUAAUCUACUAUGAUCAUAAAUAUCCAUUUUUGAUAAUAAAACUUAAGGCCUUAAAAAAAGAACAUCUGAUAAUCAGCAAUACAGUCCAGAUGCUAAAUUUGAUCUACAGUUUGCAACUUCUUGGUACAGUAAUCCUGACUUUCGUCGAUGUUACGAUCAAUGUAUAUUACUACAUAUUAGAAUGGAAACCGAAUUACAACUUAUUCACAAACACUUUUAUAGAAUUGAGAAUAUUGUAUUACAUGUUUCAACUCUCAACAAUAACCUUUAAUUUUAUAAAAAUAGUAUUGAUAGUGUGGGCCUGCGAGACUGGCAAGAAUGAAGCUCUGCAAAUUAACACUUCUAUUCAUGAUAUGUUUAAUAGCGUCACCGAUGACCAAGUCAAAGAGGAGGUAGUAUAAUAAAAAAUUAAACAUUUAAAUUUGUUAAAUGUGUCUCGUAUGUCAAAAUAAUUUUUGUUAUCAAAAUGUGUAUUUAGAACGCGCUUCUAAAGCUGUUAGCGCGCAUUUUAUCGUUCUAUCUUUAUUUUAUGUCUAAUAAACAAUAAAGAUAGAAUAUGAUAAACUUUAUAAGUGCAAUUAAAAUAUAGACCUAAAUUUAUAUUUAUAGUUAUAUAUUUUAAUUUCUUAAAUUUCGCAAUUGCAGUUACAACUAUUUUCCUUGCAAAUACUUCAUUGCAAUAAUACAUUUAGCGCAAAAGGUUUUAAUGUGGACGUGAAGUUUCUCACUAGGAUAAUAGGUUGCAUUGCCACUUACGUAUUAAUACUAUUUCAAUUCAUGCGCAUGUCUUCGUCUUGUGUAGGAAAAGCGGCAAAUAAUAUGACGGAAAGCAAUUUUUAAAAGAAAAAGUUAAAAGAGAUUAAGCAAUAUAAAUUUAUAGAUAUUAAAAAAAUUUGGAGUGUUUUUAUAAAUGUCGCAUUGUAAUUAUAGAAUAUUUUAU